AUGAAGACUACAAUUCUUUCACUCCUUGUCGCCGCGGGCGUCACCCAAGCCAGUGUCCAGGGCUUCGAUAUCUCGAAUUAUCAGGGCGAUGUCAACUUCGCCGGUGCAUACUCAUCGGGUGCCCGUUUUGUCAUGAUCAAGGCGACCGAAGGCACCACGUAUAUUGAUAAGGGCUUCUCAAGCCAUUACACCGGUGCCACUAAUGCUGGGCUCAUUCGCGGUGGCUACCACUUUGCCCACCCCGACUCCAGCUCGGGCGCCACUCAGGCCAAUUUCUUUUUGGCUCACGGUGGUGGGUGGUCCAACGAUGGCAUUACUUUGCCGGGAAUGCUGGACAUCGAAUACAAUCCCUCCGGUGCGACCUGCUACGGGUUGAGCGCAUCUUCGAUGGUCGCUUGGAUCAAAGACUUUGGCGAGACUUAUAGGAGCAAGACGGGUCGAUACCCGAUGAUCUACACCACUGCCGAUUGGUGGAAUACUUGCACUGGAGGCAGCACUGCCUUUAGCCAGGACUACCCUCUCGUUCUGGCUCGCUACUCUAGCUCUGUGGGUACGAUCCCUGGUGGCUGGCCCUACCAGAGCUUCUGGCAGAACUCGGACUCCUACACUUACGGUGGCGACUCGGACAUCUGGAAUGGAAGUGAAGAUAACCUGAAGGCCUUUGCCAAAGGUUGA